AUGACUUUUCACCCCGACAGCCUCCCAGAUCUCACCGGAAGGGUGUACAUUGUCACAGGUGGUAAUUCUGGAAUGGGACUCUACACCGUUUCCCAUUUGGCAAGACAUGGCGCCCAAGUCUAUAUGUGUUCAAGAUCUCUCGAUAAGGGGGAAAAGGCUAUUGCCGAGAUCCAAAAUGAUUAUCCUUCAGCCAAAAUUGAUCUACUGCAAAUCGACCUGAUGGAUCUUGGAAGUGUUGUCGCUGCCGCUAAGCACUUCCUUUCCUUGGAAACAUCCCUCCAUGGCCUUAUCAACAAUGCUGGUAUCAUGGCUUCACCAUUUGAGAUUACCAAAGAUGGACAUGAGGGCCAGUGGGAGACCAAUUAUCUUUCGCACUGGGUUUUCACCGAACACCUCAUUCCAUUGAUGCUGAAAACAUCAAAGUCAUCACCCCCUGGAACUGUGCGCAUCGUCAACCUCUCUUCAUCCGGCCAUCUAAUGGCCCCCAAGGGAGGUAUCAACUUUGAAGAUACAUCCCUCAAAGAGGCGAGUAUAUGGGAGCGUUACGGCCAAAGCAAACUCGCCAACAUUCUCCACACAAGAGCCCUCCACAACAAGUACGGUCCCGGCUCAAGUAACAAAGAAGGAGAGAUCUGGGUAACAUCAGUGCAUCCCGGCCUCGUCGAGACAAAUCUCUCAUCUAGUAUUGAUUCAGCCCAGACUAUGAGCUUGCGAAUGGUGUCAUUGUUGAGGUGUAUGAAACUGAUGUGGACUGCUGAUAGGGGGUCUUGGAACAGUCUUUUCUGCGCGGCGAGUCCAGACAUGAAACCCGAGCAGAGUGGAGAGUAUAUGGAGAUCUAUCAUCGGUUGUUUGAGCCUUGGUGGCAGAAUGGCGCGGCGAAAGAUGAGGAGUUGGUGAAGAAGUUGGAUGAAUGGACGAGAGAGACUAUGAAAAAGGAGGGGUGGGUCCAGUAG